AUGGAUCUGCUUGAGAGGAUAUUCAAGCUGUUCGACGUGGAGAGAAAAGAUUACCUCGUACAGGAAGAUUGGAUCGAGUUCCUCAAGGAAAGGCUUCCUGAAGACAAGCAGCUGGAUUUCGUGGAACAGAUUGAGAGCGUCGCCUACGUGCUAUGCGGCGACGGUGUCAUAUCGCAAGAGACCUUCCAGCUGAUUCUGCAGAACAAAGUGGUGACCAAGAAACUGUUCCGGCUCGUUGACACGGACGACGACGGCUACGUCACUGCUGACGACAUCAUGGAGUUCAUCGCCGCAGUCUCCAGCGGCAGACCUCGUGUGGGCAUCGACAAGCCCAGCGUUGACAGACUCGAGCAGUUGUUUAGGCAGACUGUGGGGGAUCAGAAAGAGAUCACAAGGGAGCAGUUCCAGAAGAUUGUCGUAUCUAAGAACCCCUUUUUCACCGAGCGCGUGUUCCAAAUCUUCGACGAAGAUAGCUCUGGUACGAUUUCUCACCACGAGUUCAUUGCGGCAGUGCAUCGCUUUGGGCGGCAAACCCCCGAAGACAAGAUCAAGUUCCUAUUCAAAGUCUAUGAUUUGGAUGGCGAUGGCUUAAUCCAACAUCGCGAGCUGCAGCACGUAAUGCGCGCGUGUAUGGAGGAAAACGGAAUGACGUUCAGCGAUGACCAACUUCUGGAGCUAACUGGCGCUAUGUUCGAGGAUGCGGACGUGGAGCAACGUGGCGCCAUCACUUACGAAGCGCUCAGAGAUCAACUGAGCAAACAUGGGGGGCUGCUGGAGAAUUUGUCUAUCAGCAUAGACCGCUGGUUGGUCCCCCCACCACCAGACCCUGAGCCAACAUCAUUCCUCCAGAAGCUGAACAAGAUGAAGCCGUACCAGCUCUCCUGGCCUUACUUCAAAAACAACCAGGUGUUCCUCGCGUACUUGGGCCUGUUCUUUUUGAUCAACCUCGGUCUAUUCGCGGCCAGGUGUGUGGAGUACAGGAACUCUAAUGGAUUCGUUAUAUUUGCUAGGGCUUGUGGUCAAUGCCUGAAUUUCAACUGCUCAUGGGUUUUGGUGCUUAUGUUGCGGAAUUGUAUCACGGCGCUUCGAGUGCGAGGGUUGGGAUCCUUCUUGCCCCUCGACCAUCACAUCUAUUUGCACAAACUAACCGGCGUUCUCAUCAUCAUAUACAGCAUCGUGCACACUGUCAUGCAUUUGUGUAACUUCAGUCUGGUGGUGGUGAAGGACCCGGUGCUGAACGCGCAUAACUUCACAGUGUGGGAGUGGAUAGGCACGAGCCGACCGGGCUUGUUCGGGCUGGUGGGCGGCGCCGCCAACCCCACGGGGCUGGCACUGCUUGUCAUCCUGCUAGUGCUGGCCGUCUUUAGCCGUCCUGCCGUACGCAGAGGUGGCAGCUUCGAGGUAUUCUACUGGACCCACUUACUCUACGUCCCAUUCUGGGUUUUGGUGAUAUUCCACGCACCCAACUUCUGGAAGUGGUUCAUAUUGCCCGGGAGCAUUUACAUAAUUGAACGGAUCAUGCGUUUGGCUUGGAUGAGAUCAGAACGGGGCAAAACAUACAUCUCGUCGGGUAUCCUGUUACCGUCUCGCGUCACUCACCUGGUCAUCCGGCGCCCCCCGCUAUUCGACUUCCACGCCGGGGACUACGUGUUCGUGAACAUCCCCGCUAUCGCCACGUACGAGUGGCAUCCCUUCACCAUCAGUAGUGCACCGGAGCAGGAAGAUUACCUGUGGCUGCACGUGAGGGGUGUGGGCGAGUGGACCAACCGUCUCUACGAGUACUUCGAGCGUGAACAUGAACGCCUCCAUGCCAACGACUCGUGUGCACACCAGUCAGUAUCGACCUAA